AGAGAACCGCCAUGCGCCAGCAGAGUUACGGAGGGCCAAAGUUGCCGCGCGAGCUGCUCGACCAGCUCGGAGGCUCCGGAGGCUUCCAACGCAAUGGCCGCAACCGCGGAGGACCAGCGGGCCGCAAAGAGCGCCGCAAGUUGGAGAGGCAGCAAAAGAAGUCCCAGCAGCCAACCCAGCGGCGCCACCCUAAGAACAUAAACCGUCCUCAGCCCCAAGAUGACUCAGAAAGUGAAGACGACGAGGACGAAGCCUUUUCUCCGCCGCCCACGAAGGCUCCGAGACACGACCCGGAUGCGAAGCCAGCAAAGUCGAUAUUGAAGCGCACGGGUCCAUCUGAGGAGCCGGAUUCGAAAAACACAAAAUCGAAGGAGAAGGAAGCCAAGAAAAAGGAAAAGAAAGCAAGCAAGCUGAAACGCUCGCUCUCGCCGUCGCCGGCGCCGGCCGUGUCGAGAGCAGUUAAGGACAGACUUGCCAAUGAUGACGCAGAGAUUGCAGCAUUGGAGAAGAAGCUGGGUAUUAAAAACAAGAAGAAGCUGCCCAAGGCAUUCGAGGACGAUGGGCUGGAUGACUUGUUGGAAGGGUUGGAUGAUGAGCUAGACUAUGCGGUGACGGGGAAGAGGAAGAGGAAGAAUGCGGAGGACGAGGCAUGGCUGGAGAGGAAGAGAAGGAAAGCUGGCGGUAUGCCGGUGGAAGAGGAGCUAAAGAGUGACGAAGACAGCGAUAAUGAGGGGCUAGAGGACGACGAUGAUGAGUCGUUGGGCUCUGAUGUAGAGCUCGGGGACCUCGAAGACGAGUCUGAGGACGCGGAUGAUAUUGAUGGGGAAGAAGACGGUUUCUCUGGAUUUUCGGAAGGCGAAGGCGGGGAUGAGGAUCUGGACGGUUCGGAAGACUUUGAUGACGAGGAUGACGAAGGCGACGAGGAUGCAUCCGACGAGGAAGAGGCACCGAGAGUACGAGAAAAUCCUUAUGUUGCACCAGUCGCAGCGAACCCGGCACCGGCCGCAAAGUACAUUCCGCCUUCGAUGCGAGGUCCGCCGUCAUCCGACGCAGAAGCCAUGACGCGGUUACGGAGACAGACGCAAGGUCUCCUCAACCGUCUCUCGGAGGCAAACCUUCUCACAAUCCUCAAGGACAUCGAACAGUUAUACCAAAAUAACGCGCGGCAAUAUGUCACAUCGACUCUGCUUGACCUCCUCAUGGGACUCAUCUGCGAUCGCACGAGCUUGCAAGAUACCUUUCUCAUCCUGCACGCCGGUUUCAUUGCAGCAGUCUACAAGGUCGUCGGCACGGACUUUGGUGCGCAGUUGAUUGAGCGCGUGGUUGCAGAUUUUGACAAUGCAUACAAUGAUCGUGGUGCCGUUGAAGCUGGUAGCAAGGUCACUUCCAAUGUCAUGUCUUUGGUUGCAGAGAUGUAUAACUUUCAGGUUGUCGGUAGCAACCUGGUGUUUGAUUACAUCCGCUUGUUUCUCGACGAACUAUCCGAGCUCAACACCGAGUUACUUCUCCGCAUUAUUAAGAUGUCUGGAUCGCAGCUCCGACAGGAUGAUCCGACAUCCCUAAAGGAUAUCGUCAUUUUGCUGCAGAAGUCGGUAGCCAAAACGGGCGAAGCCAACCUUUCCGUGCGUACAAAAUUUAUGAUCGAGACGAUCAACAAUUUGAAAAACAACCGCAUGAAAACUGGCGCUGUCGCCUCAGCCAUAACUUCAGAGCAUACUAUUCGUAUGAAGAAAACCCUGGGCACGCUCAACACAAGGAACCUCAAGGGAAGCGAGCCACUGCGAAUUGGUCUUCAAGACCUCCGUGACACGGAGAAAAAGGGCAAGUGGUGGCUCGUCGGAGCGAGCUGGAAGAACGAAGCCCAGGGCAAGCAAUCAACGGAAGAGACGCAUCACAAGAGUAAGAAGGACAGGGAAAGUGUAGAUGCGGAGGAGAUAAUUGAGAGUGGAACGACCGACCUGCUGCAGCUCGCCAAGGAACAACGCAUGAACACGGACAUCAGACGCGCCAUUUUCAUCACGAUCAUGUCGGCGUCUGAUUACAAAGAUGCACAUUUACGGCUGUUGAAGCUCAGGUUAAAGAAGGCUCAAGAGCUGGAGAUACCUCGAGUCUUGAUCCACUGCGGAGGCGCCGAACAGAGCUACAAUCCUUAUUACACUAUAAUCGCUCGUCGACUAUGCUCGGAGAAAAAGCUAAGAAUGGCUUUCCAAUUCAGUCUUUGGGACUUGUUCAAACGCAUGGGCGAGAAGGACGAUGCCGACGAUGCAGAUUUUGAGGAAGAGGGCGAGGAGGCUUUGACAACAAGGAAGAUUGUCAACCUCGCCAAAAUGUUUGGAACGUUGAUUGCCGAAGGCGGAUUGCCCAUCACGGUGCUCAAGACAUUGAACUUUGCUUAUCUUCAGCCCAAAACUGAAGCCUUUGUGGAAGUACUGCUCGCGACAAUCAUCCUGCGGUCACAAAAACAAACCAAGAACCACAGGGACGAGAAAGCUUUGAUGGACGUUGUCAUGAGGACGAAAGAUGCACCACAAAUGGCUCGCGGAUUGCAGUACUUCUUGGACAAGGUUGUGAGUAAGGGGGAUGUCGGGGGAAGCAAGUCCGAGAGGGAGACCGUUCGACAGAUGAUACCCAAGACGACCUCGAGGUCGCUCCUCCGCCCUCUCGGCGCCCCCUCCAGCGCCUUCCGCUCCACCAGCUCAACGUUCUUCCUCGUUGACCGGUCAAGAAGAGGAUAUGCCACCGAAGCUCCGGAGAAGGAUCUCGUCAUCAUUGGCGGUGGUGUCGCUGGAUACGUCGCUGCCAUCAAGGCCGGUCAGGCUGGCCUGAAGGUCGCUUGCAUCGAGAAGCGUGGCUCCCUCGGUGGCACCUGUCUGAACGUCGGCUGCAUCCCCUCCAAGUCGCUGCUCAACAACUCGCACCUGUACCACCAGAUCUUGCACGACACCAAGAACCGCGGUAUCGAGGUCGGCGAUGUCAAGCUCAACCUCGAGCAGAUGAUGAAGGCCAAGGAGACGUCGGUUUCCGGUCUCACCAAGGGCAUUGAGUUCCUUUUCAAGAAGAACAACGUCGAGUACAUCAAGGGUACCGGCGCGUUUGCGGACGAGCACACUGUCAAGGUCAACCUCAUUGAGGGCGGCGAGACCUCGGUGCGCGGCAAGAACAUCAUCAUUGCGACUGGUUCCGAGGCCACUCCCUUCCCCGGCCUGACCAUCGACGAGGAGAAGGUCAUUACCAGCACUGGCGCCAUUGCGCUGAAGCAGGUCCCCAAGAAGAUGGUUGUCAUUGGUGGCGGUAUCAUUGGCCUCGAGAUGGGCUCCGUCUGGUCCCGUCUGGGCGCUGAGGUCACCGUUGUCGAGUUCCUGGGCCAGAUCGGUGGCCCCGGCAUGGACGCCGAGAUCUCCAAGAUGACCAAGAAGGUUCUUGAGAAGCAGGGCAUCAAGUUCAAGCUUAACACCAAGGUUGCUAGCGGUGAUGCCGCGGGCGAGGGUGUCAAGCUUAACGUUGAGGCUGCUAAGGGUGGCAAGGAGGAGACCCUGGACGCCGACGUUGUCCUGGUUGCCAUUGGUCGCCGUCCCUACACCGCCGGCCUUGGUGUUGAGAACAUUGGUCUCGAGACCGACGAGAAGGGCCGCCUUGUCAUUGACCAGGAGUACCGCACCAAGCUUCCUCACAUCCGCGUCAUUGGUGACUGCACUUUCGGUCCCAUGCUGGCGCACAAGGCCGAAGAGGAGGCCGUCGCUGCCAUUGAGUACAUCACCAAGAACUACGGCCACGUCAACUACGGCUGCAUUCCCUCUGUCAUGUACACGCACCCCGAGGUUGCGUGGGUUGGCCAGAGCGAGGCUGAGGUCAAGGCCGCCGGUAUCAAGUACAAGAUCGGCAGCUUCCCCUUCUCGGCCAACUCCCGUGCCAAGACCAACCUCGACACCGAGGGUAUGGUCAAGUUCAUCACCGAUGCCGAGACUGACCGCAUCCUUGGUGUCCACAUUGUCGGCCCCAACGCCGGUGAGAUGAUUGCGGAGGCGGGUCUUGCUGUUGAGUACGGCGCCAGCGCGGAGGACAUUGCGCGCGUCAGCCACGCCCACCCGACUCUGUCCGAGGCCUUCAAGGAGGCGGCCAUGGCUGCCUACGACAAGGCCAUUCACUACUAGACGGUGGAAAAUGUGGGCUGGAAGAUGUAAGGGAUGUUUGUGUGCGGGGUUCGGAGGAUAUCAAGGAGCGAAAAAUGAGAUUAACCAGUCGUAUAGCAAGCAUAAGCGAAAUGCUGCAAUUGUCUGGUCUGUGCAUAGUUUCUCUGUAGGAUACGGAGGUGUUAUAGGUGGUAUAGAUGUCUUUCCAUGACCAUCUUGCGGCCGCGGAAGUGCAUGGUAAAGGCGGCGCUUGCCAGUCUCGGCCUCAAAGUUGGCUGCCAUGGCAGCCGACUGAAUCCAAUACGGAAUUUCCAUAUGUUAAACACUGAUUUAAGUCAAAGGAAAGAAAGUUGUUCUGUGACCGUGA